AUGAAAUCAAGUCUACAAAAUCCUCUAAACAACUCACUCCACUCUAAUUCCCACUUACUCUCAAACCACGAUCUCCUAGAUAUGUCCCAUCAUUCUUCAAUAAUCAGACUCCACCCAGCAACAGCUGUUGUCGAAGAGCAAGACCUCAGGAUCGCCUUUAGGUCUAAGAAAGACUUUAUGAUCGGCGCCUUGUGGUUAGCAGUCUGCAUCCUAAGCUCAGCCACUAUCGGCCCAAUCGUUCUGAUGAUUCCUGCCAAAAGUCCUUAUGUGUCUAUUACGUGGAGAUGUCAGGGAUGCAUAUUAUUGAUGGCUCUGUGGUGCAUAGGGAGUUAUGUCAGGGAGAGUAGGAAGAGAGAGAAGGAAGGAUGUGGAAUUAGUGAGGAUCAAAGGGUAAAAACUUGGGAGAAAAUAUUAAAAGAUUCAUCAGUUUAUAACUUGGCAAGCGCUGGGUUGAUGGCUGUUUUUGGGUCUAUUUGGUGAUUUGGACUUGUGCUUGGGUGUAAAUAUACUCUUACUGCUCAUGCAGAUGUACUUUAUUGUAGCAAUGGAGUAUUUAUUCUUUUGAUCGCAAUUUUUACAUGCCAGUAUGUUCAUAAAUAUGAAAUCAUUGGUUACAUAAUAUAUGGCAUCGGAGCAGUCAUUAUGCUAAGCGAUCCUUUGGCUAACAAAAUUGGAGAGGAAAUGAACAAGCCAUUGGGAAACUUGAUUGCCAUAAUUGGAGCUUUAGGAGGAGCAUUGUAUGGCAUAACUUCGACCAAGAUGAGAAGAGAUAACCCUCAAGAAGUAGCCCUGCUGCAUAUCUUUGUAGGAAAUUUCAUCUUACAGAUCAUAGCCUAUCCAUAUUUUGAUGAGAAUCCCCUAUUCUUUAGUUUUGACCCAGAGUUUGGAAUCUUUGGUUGGGUCUCGGAUCCGUGGAUAUUUAUGAUGAUGUUUCUUUUUAUAUGACCAUGGACAGGUAUAUUAGUAAAUUAUUCGCUUCUUGAAUGAUACAGGUAUUGGACACUAGACAUUGUUGCUGUAUUUUUCUUGACCGAGCCUUAUUUCGCUGAAAUCACAGCUAUCAUACUUGGCCAAGACAAGAUCCCUGGGUUUCAAACGUUCAUUGGAAUCGGAAUUCUAAGUCUUGGAAUCCUAUUGUCAAUCAAUGGGUCGAAGAUAAAAGCUACUGAGGAAGCCAAGACAUCGAACAAAUGACAAGAAGAAGACGACAUUGAGCUGCCUGAGAAUGUUUAGAGGACUUUAAGUUCUAUAAUUUUACUAAAAUAUAUCA